AUGUUCGCGCUUCGAGCCACGCCUUUCGGUGGCGCGCGCCGGUGCCUCUCCUCCAUACUCCACGCCCCCAUACUUAAGCCUGUCAGCCAGCGCUUAUUCUCCACCUCUUUAUCAGCCAUGUGUUCCUCCACACCUCAAAGAGAGGUUUUGCCCACGAACGUCAAACCACUUCGCUAUGAUUUGACUCUCGAGCCGGACUUCGAUGCCUUCACUUUCGCAGGCGAUCUUACCAUCGACUUGAAAGUCAACGAGCCAUCCUCGUCCAUCACGUUGAACACAUUGGAGAUCGACAUCCACAGUGCCUCCGUCAAUGGCGAUGCUGUAUCCUCUGUUGACUUUGACGAGGACAACCAAACUGCCACCUUUGCCUUGGCUUCGCAAUUGACUCCGGGCGACAAGGCCGCUUUGACCCUUAAAUUCACCGGUAUUUUGAACGAUAAGAUGGCUGGUUUCUACCGUUCAUCCUACGUUGACGAUGAGGGAAAGACCCGCUACUUGGCUACCACACAGAUGGAGCCCACUGACUGUCGCCGCGCCUUCCCAUCGUUUGACGAGCCUGCUUUGAAGGCGGUGUUUGACAUUUCCUUGAUUUCUGACGCCAAACUCGUACACUUGUCCAACAUGGACGUCAAGGAGGUGCAACAAUUGGACAGCGGUAAGAAGAAAACCGUUUUCAACCCAACCCCAUUGAUGUCCACAUACUUGGUUGCUUUCAUUGUGGGAGACUUGAGAUGUGUUGAAAACAACUCUUAUAAUGUCCCAAUCAAGGUUUGGGCCACUCCAGGCCAAGAGCACUUGGGUGAGUACUCUGCUGACAUUGCUGCUAAGACAUUGGCUUUCUUCGACAAGAAGUUCGACAUCCCUUACCCAUUACCUAAAAUGGAUAUGGUGGCCAUCCACGACUUUUCUGCUGGUGCCAUGGAGAACUUCGGUUUGAUCACUUACCGUACUGUCGACUUACUUUUGGACCCACAACAUACCAACAUCAACACCAAACAACGUGUCACUGAAGUCGUUAUGCACGAAUUAGCUCACCAGUGGUUCGGAAACUUGGUCACCAUGGAUUUCUGGGAUGGUUUGUGGCUCAAUGAAGGUUUUGCUACGUGGAUGUCUUGGUACGCCUGCGAUGCCUUGUUCCCUGAAUGGAAAGUGUGGGAAUCGUAUGUUUCUGACUCUCUUCAAAGUGCCUUGACUUUGGACGCCUUGAGAUCUUCUCAUCCAAUUGAGGUUCCUGUCAAGCGUGCCGACGAGAUCAACCAGAUUUUCGAUGCCAUUUCCUAUUCUAAGGGAUCUUCUUUGUUGAAGAUGAUUUCCCGCUGGUUGGGCGAGGAGACCUUCAUCAAGGGUGUGUCCAACUAUUUGAAAAAGCACAAGUGGGGCAACACUCAGACUUCUGACUUGUGGACUGCUUUGGCAGAGGCUAGUGGAAAAGAUGUCGUGAAGGUCAUGGACAUCUGGACGAAGAACAUUGGUUUCCCUAUUGUGUCUGUCGAGGAGUCCGGAAAGGAAUUGACAUUGACUCAACACAGAUUCCUUGCCACUGCGGAUGUCAAGGCUGAAGAAGACCGAGGUGUUGUAUCCAGUGUUCUUGGGCUUGAAGACUUCUGA